AUGGGGAUGGGGAGUGGAGUAUUGGCAGACUGCUGGCGUUCUGAGGAAAGGGGCAAGGGCCUGGCUGUGUACCAGCUUGCGCCUGUACUGGGCCCUGCGAUUGGCCCGAUCGCUGGUGGUUACAUAGCUCAGUAUUCGACUUGGAGAUGGUCGUUCUGGUCCAUUGUCAUAUUCAACAUUGCCAUUCAGAUCAUCGCCUUCUUAUUUCUGGAUGAGACGUACCCUCCACGGAUUCUCCGCCUAAAAGCCAAAGCCCUUCGCAGAAGCACGGGUCAUUCAUCAUUCCAGACCGAAUUCGAAAUGCAACAUCGCACAUUACCGAAACUCUUGAAGGUCUCAUUGUCACGCCCGUGGCUGAUGCUUGCCACACAGCCAAUCAUCCAAGCGUUGGCCCUCUACCAAGCUUUCAACUACGGAAUGAUGUAUUUAAUCAUCUCAAGCUUCCCGAGCCUUUGGGAGGGUAGUUACGGAAUGCCCAAGGGCCAAGCUGCGCUGAACUAUGUUUCGCUCGCAGCUGGAUCCUUAAUUGGUGUCAACGUCUCCGGCCUUCUGACGGACCCUGUUUACAAGAAACUGAAAACGAGGCAUGGACUUCUGGAAGAUGAACCCGGAGUUCCAGAGUUUCGCGUACCACUCAUGAUCCCCGCUUCAAUAAUCACACCUUGUGGAAUCCUUCUUUUCUCCUGGAGUGCCCAGGUGAGGGCACACUUCAUCCUUCCCAAUCUUGGCGUUGCUAUCAUGGCUGGCAGCAGUAUGAUCUCAUAUCAGUGCAUAGGCGCUUAUAUUGCUGACUCUUACGACAAUUACACUGCGUCAGCCUCUGCUGCCUGCUGUUUCCUUAGAUCUCUCGGGGCGUUUGCAUUCCCUUUAUUUGUACCAGCCUUGUUCGGAAAUCUAGGCUACGGCUGGGGUGGCUCAGUGCUUGUGCUCGUUGCAAUUGUCAUCGGCAUACCCGCACCUUUGCUAUUUUGGAAAUACGGUGCUAGACUCAGGCGGUCAAGCAGGUUCAGCAAUCCGAAAUCGUGA